CGCCGGAAAGCCGGGACGGCGCCCUCGGGGGGCGAACCCGAGCGCUGCUCAUCCUCGGUCGCCCGCGCCGCGCGCUCUUUAACUCUUCGGUUCCUUCCGUUCCUGCCCGGUCCGCUGCCGCCGCCAUGGCCCAAGCUGAUAUUGCACUGAUUGGACUCGCUGUGAUGGGUCAGAACUUAAUUUUGAACAUGAAUGAUCAUGGCUUUGUGGUCUGUGCUUUUAACAGGACGGUCUCCAAAGUUGAUGAUUUCUUGGCCAAUGAGGCAAAGGGCACCAAGGUGGUUGGGGCCCACUCCUUGGAGGAGAUGGUCUCCAAGCUGAAGAAGCCACGGCGGAUCAUACUGCUCGUGAAGGCUGGCCAGGCUGUCGACGAUUUCAUCGAAAAGUUGGUACCAUUGUUGGACACUGGUGACAUCAUCAUUGAUGGAGGAAAUUCUGAGUACAGGGAUACUACAAGACGAUGUCGAGACCUCAAGGCCAAGGGCAUCUUGUUUGUGGGGAGCGGAGUUAGUGGUGGAGAAGAGGGGGCGCGGCAUGGCCCGUCACUUAUGCCAGGAGGGAACAAGGAAGCUUGGCCUCACAUCAAGACGAUCUUCCAAGGCAUCGCUGCGAAAGUAGGAACAGGAGAACCCUGCUGUGACUGGGUGGGAAGCGAGGGAGCAGGACACUUUGUGAAGAUGGUGCACAAUGGCAUAGAGUACGGCGAUAUGCAGCUGAUCUGUGAAGCUUACCAUCUGAUGAAAGACGUUCUGGGCAUGGAGCAUAACGAGAUGGCAAAGGCAUUUGAGGAGUGGAAUAAGACAGAGCUAGACUCAUUCCUGAUUGAAAUCACAGCCAAUAUUCUCAAGUUUCAAGAUACCGAUGGCAAGUACCUGCUGCCAAAGAUCAGGGACAGUGCGGGGCAGAAGGGCACUGGGAAGUGGACUGCCAUCUCGGCCCUGGAGUACGGUGUUCCCGUCACCCUCAUCGGAGAAGCGGUCUUUGCUCGAUGCUUAUCGUCUCUGAAGGAUGAGAGGAUUCAAGCUAGCGGGAAGCUGAAGGGUCCUCGAAAGAUCCAGUUUGAAGGUGAUAAGAAAUCUUUCCUGGAGGACAUUCGAAAGGCCCUCUAUGCUUCCAAGAUCAUCUCUUAUGCUCAGGGCUUUAUGCUGCUAAGACAGGCAGCCACUGAAUUUGGCUGGACCCUCAACUACGGCGGCAUUGCCCUGAUGUGGAGGGGCGGCUGCAUCAUCAGAAGUGUGUUCCUAGGAAAAAUAAAAGAUGCAUUUGAUCGAAACCCAGAACUUGAGAAUCUGCUGCUGGAUGACUUCUUCAGGUCGGCUGUUGAAAGCUGCCAGGACUCCUGGCGGCGGGCAGUCAGUACUGGUGUCCAGAUGGGCAUUCCCAUGCCCUGCUUCACCACUGCUCUUUCCUUCUAUGAUGGAUACAGACAUGAAAUGCUACCAGCCAACCUAAUCCAGGCUCAGCGGGAUUACUUUGGGGCUCACACGUAUGAACUCUUAGCCAAACCCGGACAGUUUAUCCACACUAAUUGGACAGGCCAUGGCGGCAGUGUGUCAUCCUCUUCGUACAAUGCCUAAUCAGACUCCUUGUGUUACCCACCACGAUUCCAUAGACCAGGACAUUCCAUUUGCCACACAGCACUGCUUACAUGGCCCUUUGCCCUAUUUUCUGCUCACAUCUCUUAAAGUGUUGUAAGAGACUCCUGAAAAAGUCAACCUGAGUUUAUUUGUAAGGUAGUUCUGUGAGAACCGUCAUGCCCUCUGCCCUUGUCUCUUGGGACUGACCAGGAAGUGAUCAUGUUCGUGAUGGCGCAAACCAGCUGCCUGAAGCCGGGCUUUCCACACGUCCCUGCGGAUGGGGGAGGCAGCAGCUCCUAUCACAUAGAUGGGAAGGGUUUUUGUGGAAUUUGAUCAAACUGGAACCUUUGUAUCAUGCAGGUGAAUUCCCUUUUUCCUCUACUUAAUAAAAGCUACAUUAUAUUUA